ACAGAAUUCUCAUUCACCACCACCACCGCACACACUACUAUUUAAUAUUUAUAAUACAAAUUUUGUAUUACUAUUUUACACACAAGAAAGAUUGUACCAGAUCUGUUUCUACCUCAUCUUGGUUUCUUCAUUUCUUGCUAGUUUUGUGAACUUUUGUCACAAAAGUUUUGUGUACUUCCUUUCAGCCAGAUGAUUACAUAUGAUAUUUCGGUUUGUUUUGCACCGUGCAAAUUGUACGCAGAUGAAAUAAUUGCGUAGCAUAAUCGAAUCGUACCAAAUAAACCACGGUGUACCACAUACCGAUUAUCGAUUUAUUUUAAAGUCUGGUGCAAAGUGCAAGCUUGUGUAGUGUAAAUUUUAUGGGCGUUAUUGGUCAAGUGUUGCAGGAAAGUAUACAACUUUGGAAAGAAUGGUGAGUGACUGAGUCGGAUUGUCCAACCGACGAUGAAGCAGCGCUAGUUCAGAAUGAAGUUAUCGACCAGACACCCAAUGAGGAGACGAGUUCCUUCACAAACUUCAGCAUGUCAGAAGGUGACCAAGCCUUCGUCGACGGCAACAGCAUUGUUGGGGGGACGGAAUAUAAACCACGAAUUGUACUCAUGGGUUUGAGAAGGAGUGGAAAGAGCUCAAUACAAAAGGUAGUUUUUCACAAAAUGGCCCCCAAUGAGACCCUGUUUUUGGAAUCGACAAAUAAAGUUGUAAAAGAGGAUAUUUGCAACUCAUCGUUCGUACAAUUUCACAUUUGGGAUUUUCCAGGACAAAUUGAUUUCUUUGAUCCCACCUUUGACUCUGAUAACAUAUUUGGAGGUUGCGAUGCCUUAAUUUUUGUGAUUGAUGCACAAGAUGAUUAUAUGGAAGCUUUGGAGAGACUUCAUACCACUGUAACCAGAGCGUACAAGAUAAACCCUUCAAUUAAUUUUGAAGUUUUCAUUCAUAAGGUGGAUGGACUAUCUGAGGACUAUAAAAUGGACACACAAAGAGAAAUUCAUCAACGUGCCACAGAUGAUUUAAUGGAUUCAGCGUUCGAGCAGGUCCAUCUUAGCUUUCACCUAACUUCAAUCUAUGAUCACUCUAUUUUUGAAGCAUUUUCUAAAGUGGUACAGAAGCUCAUUCCACAACUACCAACUCUCGAGAACUUGUUAAACAUAUUUAUAUCGAAUUGCUCUAUUGAGAAAGCUUUUCUGUUUGAUGUAGUCAGCAAGAUUUAUAUAGCGACCGACUCAUCCCCUGUUGAUAUGCAAAGUUAUGAACUAUGUUGCGACAUGAUUGAUGUGGUUAUUGACGUGUCCUUCAUUUAUGGCCUUACCUCAGCAGACGAUUUAGCCCCAGCAUUUGAUCGUCACAGCCAAGCAUCCAUCCGCUUAAAUAAUGGAACAUUUCUGCACUUGCGAGAAGUAAAUAGAUUUCUCGCCCUAGUUUGCAUCUUACGAGACGAGGCAAUGGAGAAACAAGGGAUGAUUGAUUACAACUUUGCCAUGUUCCGAAAUGGCAUUCAAAAAGUCUUUGAAGUUCGUAAAAAUCAGCGUGCAUUGCCAGGCCAUGGGUCCGUUAUUUAAAUAGUCAUAAAUAAUCAUGAUGACUGAUGACGCUACUAUAUAUAUAAUAUAAAAUGUGCUACCUAUCGGAUAUCAAUUGAGAAUAAAGUUUUAUAUAAAACGUCAA